UACGUUAGUCAAACCUGAACAAGAGUUUCCCAGCAUCCAAGAAAGAGAUGGAAAAAAAGCUGAUAUAUACCGUUUCGGUGCUCUUAUGUUUUCUCUACUAAAUGGAGUCAUUGCUUCUGGAGAUAAAAUCGAUCCAACAGUGAUCACUCAGCCUGAUCUCCAGGAUUUUUUAUUAAAGUGCCUUACUAAUGACAAACGAAAGCGAUGGUCCGCUGAACAAUUAUUACAGCACACCUUCAUUAAAGCACCUUUAGUUCGUGCUCUCUCGCCACCGAAAGUACCACGCAGAGAUGAACAGAAAAACCACGAACCCGAAGAAACAGACACGGACAUUCGGCAAUACCUACCGCCUUUGGGUGGCCACUCAAGAAUUACAAAUGAAUUCGAAGUUCUCGAAUGGCUCGGCAAAGGUGCCUCUGGCGAUGUCCUUAAAGUAAAAAAUAAAUUGGAUGGUAGAAUUUACGCUAUUAAAAGAAUAGAACUUAACCCAAAGAACGAGCAACAGGAUUGGAAAAUUAUAAGGGAAGUCAAAUCACUGUCAUGCAUGACUCAUAAAAAUGUAGUGCGAUAUUAUAAUUCCUGGAUCGAAAACGCUACAGAUGAUAUGGAAAAUCUGCCAGAUAGCGGUGAGGACAACAGCGAUGUAUCCAUGGUUACCGACAAUGUCAAAGAUAUUGCAUGUGGAACCGUUGCCUCCAACAGUAUAGAAUUUGUAAAAGAUUCAAAGUGCCAAGAAACUGUGUCAAGUGUAAAAGAAGAUGAGACUGGGGAUACGUAUUCAUCUAAGGCAACAGUAAGAGAGAUACAAUUCAUGUACAUUCAAAUGGAAUUCUGUGAAAAGAGCACUCUACGUACAGCGAUUGAUGCAGGCCUUUACAAAAAUCAAAAAAGAGUGUGGAGAUUAUUCGAAGAAAUAGUUGAAGGUUUAGCACAUAUUCAUCGACGGGGAAUAAUACAUAGAGACUUGAAACCAGUAAACAUAUUUUUAGACAGUAACGAUCAUGUAAAAAUUGGAGAUUUUGGCCUGGCUAGAAAUAUAUUGUCUUCAUUUGUGCCAACUAUGGCAACCGAUAAAGAACCUCAAGUUUCCAAGAAAGGGAUCAGCUUUAGCACAGAAGACAUAGGUUCUCUAACAGAGCAAGUAGGCACAGCACUUUAUGUAGCUCCUGAGCUAAUGACGAAAGCCCCAUAUGAUCAAAAAGUUGAUAUUUAUAGUCUUGGAAUAAUACUAUUCGAAAUGUGUUACAAACCACCAGCAACAGGAAUGGAGCGCAUCAAGGUUUUACAUAAUUUACGGUUAAAAGAAAUCAUAAUUCCAACAGAAAUGCUACAGGCAGACAUGCCACUACAAAUCCAUAUCUUACGGAGGCUAUUGAAUCACGAUCCCAAUCAACGACCCAAGGCUCAAGAAAUUCGUAGUCUUCGAGCCAAAGCGCUUUCAUUCGGCCAAAUGGUGGGCAAAAAUUACUUUAAAAAAACGAAGGGGAAAUAAAAAAUAUAUAUAUUAUGUCAAUUAAACGUGCUUUGCAUGGUGAUAACAAAAGAACGAAGGUAAGUAAUUUUAAACAAAAAUCGCCUACGUGGCGUGGCAAUGGAGGUCAGGAAUACCAAUCUAUUACAGAAAAAAAACAAAUUAUCCCAACAGGCUAUAAACUCAUUUUUUUCAGAUUUUUCAAUAUAUGCCCGGUAUAAAAACAAGGCAUUUGUUUAAAACGACAAAAAAAAGAUGGUUUAAAGAAACUUUUUUUUGUUCUGAAAUAAUUUUGACUUGAUACUUCUAUGUCUUCACUGUAAGCAUGUAAAAGAUUUUUUACAGGUUUCGGCGCUUUGGAAACGUUCUACUUCCGGACGCUUCUAAACACCACAAUACUACUACAAAUAUGUGUAUAAUGUAUAUUGAUAUGUGUUAUAUCGAUUAUGUAUAUUAUAUGUAAUAUAAAUUUUCUAUUUUAAUAUUUA